AUGUCUGAAAUAGCCGGUGCAACCCAUGGAGAGCAGCUAUUAGAAGCUUCAAGAAGGAAUAAUGUAGAAUUACUUGAUUCUAUUUUACAAGAGGCGAAGGACCUUGCAAGUCUAAUUAAUGAAUCAAAGGACCCAUUUCUCAAUACAUCUCUGCAUAUUUGUUGCAAAUAUGGAUCUUGGGAUGUAUUGGAUAAAAUCCUUGACUUAGAAUGCCCAAUUGAGAUUGAUCCUCAGAAUAGUGAAGGUGAUACCCCAUUACACGUAAUUUCAAGGUAUGCAGUGGAAGAGCCUGAACAUGGCACAUUUAUUGCGAGUAACUUAAUCCAAGUUGGUGCAGAUCCUAGGAUAAAGAAUAAAUCUGGUCAGAAACCACUUGACCUUUUGCAUAGCGCAGAACUGGAGGGCCUUUGUGAUAUAUUACAGGGUGCUGAGCUAGCUAUAGACACACAUAAUGAGGCUAUUAACGCGGAUGAAGUUGAGGAAAUUGAUGACGAAUAA